CCUCCUCCCAACAUCCCUGGGGGGCGGGGGCUGUUGUCAUUCUGCAAUAAGUGUCUGUGCCCGUAUUGGAGCCAGGGCCUCCCUGAUCCCAGGCCCGGAGCUCUACCCACUGCACCACCAAGUCGCCUUUGGCUGCUGAAGCUUCUGGCUUAAAGUUCCAAGAGGGAAGCCAGAGAAGGCUCACGUUUCUGCAUUUACUUUAAUGAAAAAUGGGAAGAAGUCGGCGGGGCAGCCUCGGGCCCCUGGAAAUAAGCACUGUGGGGGCCUUCUCUCCCGGUGAGACGGACGGCCACGGAGCAGCCCCCGGCCGGGGAGUGGGGCGUUCCUGGGGUGGGAGGGCUGCUCGUCCCGUUGGUGUCCUCAGGCUCUCAGUUGGACAGACAGGUGCCCUUCGCCAUCAGCAGGACCCGUGGCCACUCCCCCAGAGGAUGCUGGUAAAUGCUGGGAAGGACCUCCAGGCUGCGGGGGGAGGGCGUCCGAGGGGACUGCUUUUCCCGGAGCUCCGAUAAGAGCUGUUUGCUUUUCAUUGACCUCUAUGUACUUAAGCCUAUUGAUUCUUUGGUCCUUUUGACCAAGGUCAUGCAGGGGACUGGUGACUGUGCAAUGGAGGGAGGGCACGGUGGGAGGGGCUGGAUUGUCUGGGGGGCAACAAAGCAGAGCAAUGAACAAUCCCCCCAAGCAUUCCGGGUCCUGCCUGCUGGGUCCUGUGAGCCCCUGACCCAGCCAUUAGUCAGGCAGUACGCACUCAUUAAGCACCUACUGUGUGCCAAGCACUACAGGGUGGACGGUGGAGGAGUCACAAUAAGGCUGUGCCCCUGGAGCUCUGCCUACUCAGUCCCGGGGGGAGGCGUCUGCCAAGUGGCCGGGUCUUCACUGGAAGCUGGCUCCUGACAUCACAGAGGAGGGAAAAUGGUCCAUUUAUGGCCAAGCCCAGAAGGUUGGGAGCUGGGGCUGGGCUGGGGUCCUUGCUGGGCCCGGCCGCUCUUUCUCGGCCCUCAGGGUCCCUGGCAGGGGCCUCCCCGAUCCAGGUCCUGUUCUGUGCUUGGGACAUUGGGCGGCCCUGUCCCAGAAUGACCAAGGCCUGGCUGGCCUAAGGGCCGUGCAUUGGGGGAGGUGGUGCUGGGGCACACGCAGCCACCCUCCCCCCUGCUCCUUCCUUCCUCCGCCCAGCUGAGCCCUGAGCCUUCCAGGGGGGCAGGGCUCCAGACGGUGCCGGGGAAAGAGGGACAGGGCACUAAGUGGGGAGGGGUCCCCAUCUUCUGCCCGCCCACCUCUGGCCCUCUUUACUGGGCUUCUUUAUGGCAAGCUCAGGGAGUCGGAAGGCUGCACUCUGGGCCAGGCUGUCCCACUGUGUGCUUUCUGGGUGAUCGUGGGCACCCUCUGGGCCCUGCUAUCCGUGCAGUCCCCCUGGGCUCUUUCUCCUUCACUGAGCCUUUUAGAACUUUCCCGAAGGACUCAGCCAGGAGGAACAAGGCAGUAGAGCCUGGUGGGGCCCAGGCAGGGUUCAGGAGGACGGGGCCCGUCCCUCCCACCCUCCCCAUCCUGAUUCCCUGCAGACGCCUCUGUGAGGAUGAAUGGGAGAGGAUGGUUUUCCUGUUCUGGGGAGCAUGGGGGGGAGGUGAGCCCAGAGCCCUCAUUACCCAGAGUGCUGUGGGGGCAGCAGGUUCACUGGCCUGGAUCCCUCCCCUCAUGGAUGAGCUCCAGGGCCCUGGAGGGAGCUUCCGGAGGGCACAGGGUGGCACCCGAGGCUCAGGACCAGGAAUCAUUGACCCAUGGCUCUUGGCUCGGGGGCUGGUAAACACUGACCAUCUGACCCACGGGCAGCCCCAUCCCCCUGGUCACAAGGAAGAGGAGCUCAGUGGCGCUGCUCCUUCCCACACGGUAGGUCCACCUCUCCUUGCCGGUCCUGUCCCGUCUGCUCCUGCCGAGUCCUGACCGAUGAGUGUGCACAAAGGCUGUGUCCCGGAGCUCCCCGGGCCCAUGCCGAGUACAGGGUGCUGGGGGGGAGAGCUAGCGGGCCGGAGGCCGAGGGGCUCGGGAAGGGAAGGAUCGGGGAGCUGCCGGCCUCCGUGAGUGGGAAUCACCGCUGUGGCUGCUGAGGUGCGGGGCCCCCGAGAGGAGGAUCCCAGGGGCACAAGGGGAGGGCACAGACAAAGUCCUGGGGACAGGCUGCUACGUGAACUAGAGUUCUUCCAGUGUCGGCCCCCAGGACUGGUUCUCACUGAAUUUCUUUCUAGGAAACUCAAAACCUUCGCCAGGUAACUCUCACCCUUCCCCUUUUCUUUUUCUAGCUUGACAGGAAGGGAAACUGAGGCCCAAAGAGGGCUCAUGUAGCGAGGGAAUGUUUUGGCAGCCAACAUCCUUUUACCUUCCCGCCUUUUCUCUUCCCUCCUCCUCCCCAAGUUGGCAGGCGGUCCGGUCUAGGGCAGCCACAUCCUGGCCUUUCCAACAGAUUUCCACCUUGGUCAUGUUGUACAAGAUCCGACCAAAGCGGGAAGCACACGAGGAAAACAAAUCAAUGAAACAAACCCAAAAAGUGAAAAUCCCCGAGUUUGGUCCGCGCCCAGGCUCCCCGGCUCCCAGGCUCCCCGGCUCCCAGGCUCCCAGGCUCCCCGGCUCUCCGGCUCCCCGGCUCCCGGGCUCCCCGGCUCCCAGGCUCCCCGGCUCCCCGGCUCUCCGGCUCCCAGGCUCCCCGGCUCCCAGGCUCCCCGGCUCCCAGGCUCCCAGGCUCCCCGGCUCUCCGGCUCCCCGGCUCCCAGGCUCCCCGGCUCCCAGGCUCCCAGGCUCCCCGGCUCUCCCCGGGUGCGGACGGCAUUUCCCGUCCCGACAUGAGACGGUGGUUGGAAAGCCUUAGCUCAGUGCCCGGCGCACAGUAGGUGCUCACUCCCGGACCUCUUCUCCUUGGGCCGGGAGGACUGGGGAAGGAGAACUUUGGGUCCUCAGGAAGGAGCCGCCUCCCAGCCGUGACUUUCGCAGCCCUUGCUAAUCUUUCACCCGGGAGGUCUCAGAACGGGACAGUUUGGAGCUAGGCCGGGGCGUCAGCAGCAUUAGGAAUCCCUCACUAGGUCCCAAGCCCCUCGUUGGGCAAUGGAGCCCCAAAGAAAGAGAGGCGGAUGGUGAGGUUGGGGCGGGCCCUGCGGACGGCCCCGCCGCCCUUGGGAUUGGGCCAGCCGCGCAGUCAGGAGGCGGGCCCCCGGACCUGGCCAAUCCGCGGCUUGUCUUCCUUCCCCAGCAGGAGGAUGCUCCCGGGAGACUACCUGCCGCGCCUCGCCCUGCUGCUGCUCGCGGCCAGGCUGCCGCAGGCCUGCCCCGUGGGGUGCGACUGCUUUAAGGGGGAGCUGGUGUGCGCCUCUGAGGACCUGGCGGACGUGCCGCCGGACAUCCCCGAGAACGCCACGGAAAUCAUCUUCGUGGAGACCCCGCUGCCGACCCUCCGGCCCCGGGCCUUCGCCAACGCCAGCUGCUUGUCCAAGGUGGUCUUCCUCAACUGCGGGCUCCGAUCUCUGCAGGCGGAGGCCUUCGGGGGGCUGCCGGCUCUCGAGGACCUGGAGGUCACGGGCAGCCCCCUGGGGGGUCUUCCGGGCGAGGCCUUCAGGAACCUGAGCGGCCUCCGCAAACUCACGCUCAACUUCAACCGUCUCCAAGUGCUGCCGGAAGAGCUCUUCCGGGGCCUGGACUCCUUGGAGGCCCUUCACCUGCAGGGGAACCAGCUGCAGAGGCUGCCCGCGGCCAUCUUCCAGCCCCUGGGGGCUCUGCGCCUCCUGAACCUGGCCCAGAACCUCCUGGGCCAGAUCUCGGAGCGGCUCCUGGCCCCCCUGGCCAGCCUCCAGACCCUGAAGCUGAGUGACAACGCCCUGGCCACGCUGCCGCCUCGGGCCUUCUGGGGCCUGGGCGGCCUCCGGGAGCUCUUUCUGGACGGGAACGCGCUGACGGAGCUUCCCGAAGGGCUGUUCUCGGGGCUGGGUGCCCUGGAGAAGCUCUGGCUCCAGCACAACGCCAUCGGCCACCUGCCGGCGGCCAUCUUCUCCCCGCUGGCCAACCUGACCUUCCUGAACCUGCAGGGGAACAGGCUCCGGGCGCUCCCCGACGGCCUCUUCCGCCAGACCCCCAGCCUGACCAGGCUGUCGCUAGCCGGGAACGGGCUGGAGAACAUCUCCGGGGACGCCUUCGCAAACACCCCCAAGCUCAGCGUCCUCACUCUGUCCCACAACGGGCUGGCCGGCCUCCCGCCUGGGCUCUUUGACCACGUCCCCGGACUGGCCAAGCUCUACCUGGCCGGCAACAACCUGACGGCCCUGGAUGGGCGGCUCUUCCGGAACCUGAGCGAGCUGGAGCUGUUGAGCCUGGCCAACAACCUGCUGACCUCGCUGCCCCAGGGCAUUUUCGAGGAGAACUUCAAGCUGUUCAACCUGGGCCUACAUGGCAACCCCUGGCGCUGCGACUGUCAUCUGUCCUACCUGCUGGACUGGCUGCGGGAGUAUAGUGACCGCCACUUCAACCUGCAGACCUACUGCGCCAGCCCCCAGUACUUAGCGGGCCAGCUGCUGCCCGCGCUGGAGGCCGAGCAGCUGGUUUGCCCGGUGCCCCCGGGGCCCCACGGGGGCCGGGCCUUCCUGGAGGCCGCGGAGGAGCCCAGCAGCGGCUGGGACUUGGUGGAGGAGGCCCGAGCCCCCGCCCGCUGCACCUACAGCAGCUCGGACGGGACCGUGGUGCUGGCCUGUGACCGGGAGGUCUGCCGCUGGCUCCGGGUCCAGCUGUCUCCCAGGCAGACCUCCACCAGCCCGGAUCUGACGCUCAAUUCCACGCGGGAAUGGGUUUUGGAAUCGAGCUGUGGCUCCGUGAGCGUGACUCUCUCCAUUAAUGCCCUGGGGGGAGGGGGCUAGAGCCAGGAUAGACAAGGUCCCGCUCUGGGGCCUCUCUUCGGGGGCCAAGGGGGGCUCCGGAACAGACUCGGAGGGGAUCUCGCCUGGCCGCAGGGUCAGCCCAAGGAUUUCUCCCGCCCUUGGGUGCUCCCCUCGAGGCUCUUCCCUGCUGGGCCCUCCUCGCCCCGUGGCACCCUCCCCAUGCCAUAUCAGGGCUGCCAUGCUUUCUCACAGCCAUUUAAUAAUUAAAGACCCAAGCCAGCAGGAGGGUGGUCGUUCGGCUCUGGGGUGGGAGGUUCAGAACCCCCCGUCUCUGGGGAAGUUUGGACUUGCCUUCCUUCUGGGAGACCACGGAGGCUGCAUGGGAGAGGGAGCUGAGGGGAGAUGGCCCCGGGGCGCCCCAGCCUGGGCAGAUCUCAGGCUUCUGACACAGACCAAAGUGGACACAGCUUUGAAGAGGGAAAGGAGUCAGGACCUGAGGGGAGCCGAGCUGGGAGGAGGGGGGGCUGCCCCUUCCCCAUGUGUCGUUGAGCUUCUGGUCAGCCCAGCCAGCUCCAGGGAGGUGGGAGGAGUCAGGGGUGACUAACAAACCUGAUUGGGCAGCCGGCUGGUAAGGAAACAUCAGGGCCCCAUUGAGGGGCUGGGGAAUAAAACCCUCAGAUUCUCCUGGACAAAUGCUGGCCUCCCUGGGCCUCCUCUGGGUGCCUCGGGCUGUGAUGGAUGAAGGGGCAGGAAGGAGCCCCCUGAAGCCCAGGGCCAGGCCAGGAGAGGCUGAGGUCUAGGGACUCUGCCCUGGGCAGGCGUUCCCUCAGGGGGAUCCUCUCCUGGGGAAAAGCCUGCUAGGCAGGAAAGAAUUCCCACUAGAACACGGCCGCGUGGGAGAUGCUCCCACUUCUCUUGGGCUUCCAGGCUGCCAGAGGCCUGUGCUUACAGCAAAGUCAGGGCAGGCCUGGCUGGCCCCAUUUUCCAGAUGAGCUGGGGAGAGAUUGAUCAAAAUUCACACUGACUUUCAGAACCCAAAGGGCCUCAGAGCGAAGGAAUAUCAUGUUUACAGCUGGGGAAACUGAGGCUCAGAUUUGUUCGAGGGCACACAGGUGGCAGAUGUUGGGGUUGGGAUUCCACAUGGAGUGUUCUUCCCACCACACUGUUCUCCAGAGGCGUCCCAUGUAAUAAACACUGGAACCAGCUUCCUUGAACCACCUUCAGCACCGCCCUCUGGGGACAGCUGCUUCCCUGGUCCUCUCCCCUUUCCCCCCCUCCCCUGUCAGCCCGGGUCCUUAUCUCUCUGGCCAGACAAGGCCCUGAGGACCCCGUGCCAGCAUGCCCAGGGUAUGGGCCAGAUGCUCCAGCACAUUGACCCAGGGGCCCCCAGGCUCAUUUGGGCUCUGGGACUUUUUCCUCUUCUCGGUUAUUCUGGGAAGUCUGUGGCCUUUGGAGGUAAGUGGGAUUUCCUCCACUUCCCCUUUUAGCUGCUGUUGGUCCCUGGAGGAAAGAAGGCUGGUCCUGGACUGGGGAGAGACUUGGGUCUAGAUUCUGCUUCAGGCAUUGACAUUGCCGGCUGUAUGACUUUGGGCAAGUCGUGGUAUGUCUCUGAGCUUCCUCGUUUCCUCACUGAUAAAAGGGAGGGGAUUGAACUUAAGAUACUUCCAGUAUCUUCCAGUUCAGAGUCCAAGAUGCUCCUAUUGCUGUCCGAGGAAGCUACAGAACCACUUUUAGGAAUGAUUUCAUUCUUGGGCAAGCCGGGCCCCCAUUCCUCUGCUCCGGACCCUUGGUGACCCAAGUCCCAUCUCGGGAAGGCCGUUGAACUGGAGUGUCCAGAGAAGAGUAACCGGGGUGGGGAAGGUCCCAGAAUCUGGGCUCCCCGUGGGAGGGCCCAUGGAAGGGAGUGGAUGGAAGACUAGGGGAACACAAAAGCUGGAUGUUCUGUGUAGGAAGACAUAGUCUGGUUCCACGGGACUCGGAUCCAGGAAGCAGAGGCCAGAUCAGGCCACUGUGGGGAGAAGCUUUCUAGGCGGCAGGACCCGCCUGCCUCGGGGGUAGGCCCGAUGCUGAAAAGGUGGAACUGCUCAGCCCACAGCUGAGGGCAAGACUCUGGGGAGAGAUUAAUGCUGGCAAUGGGGACUCCAACUCAUCGGGGUCGGGUUUGAGUUCCUAAAGACAGAGGCUAGAAAGGGGGAGAAGAGGGCCCGGGGAUAGAGCCCCGGGUCCCUGAUGGAGGGGCAGAAGGAGGGAUCCAGAAGGGGGGGGGAAGGAGAUGGAGCAAUGAGAGAGGUGGGUGGAAGGAGCCCAACCAGAAGAAAAGGGAGCGGCCUGCGGUGCCCGCAGCUGCAGAGAGUAAGCCCCGGUGUUAUCCAGUGGCCCUGGGGUGCACAGCGGCCAGGGUCUGCCCAGAAUUCGGGACCUGGGAGAAAAAAGGGAUGGGGAGAAACCCUGGGGCUGCUCUGGGCCUUCCUCCUUAAGUACCGGGGGGUACGAGGUUUUCUGCCAUGUAAGGCCAUCCAAGGGCUCGGGUUAGUUACAUGGAUGAGGGAGAGAGAGAAAGAGAAACAGAGAUAGAGACAGAGACACAGAGACAGAGAGAGACACAGAGAUAGAUGAUAGACACAUAAAAAGGGACAGAGAGACAGAAACAGAGGGACAGAGAAAGACACAGAGACAAAGAGAGAUACAAGGGAACAGAGAAAGACAGAAACAAAAGGGACAGAGAGAGACACAGAGAUAGAGGGACAGAGAAAGACAGAAACAAAGGACACAGAGAAACAGACACAGAGUCAGAGAGAGACAGAAACAGAGACAGGGACAGAAAUAGAGGCAGAGAGAAACAGACACAGAAACUCAGAGGGAGAUAGAGACAGAGGAGCAGAGCAGAGACAGAGAAUAUAGAGACACACAGAGACAGAGGAAGGAAGGAGAUAGAGAAACACAUAGACAGAGACAGAAAGAGGGAGACAGGGAGAGGCAGAGACAAAGAGGCACAAAGAAUACGGAGACACAGGAGACAAGAGACAGCCUCAGAGGGAGACAGAGACACAAAGGGACAGAGGAAGACAGAGAGAUAGACAGAGGGACAUAGAGGGACAAAUGGAGGCAGAGACAGAGAAACAGAUAAAGAGAGAAGGAAGGAGAGGAGACACAGCGGAGUUUAUUUUUUAUUUUUGAGUAACAUUAUUAAAUAAAGACAACAUGAAAAUGUC